CUGAAAGGUCUUGAAGAAAGCAGUGAAAGUCCGGCGAUGAUCUCUCCUUUUUGUGGCCAAGAAAUUCAGCACAUAACACAAACGCAUUAUUAUUUAUAAGCUACAAGUGCGACGUGUUGAAUUCCUCGAAAUGGAGCUGUCAGAAAACAAUGUUGAAGACAUCAAGGUGCUCAAAGUAUGGCUGGAAAAGAAUCCUCACUUGCCACAAAACAUUGAUGACACGUUAUUGCGCAGAUUUUUACACACAUGCAACAACAGUUUGGAACAAGCAAAGUCCUUAAUAGACAUAUUCUUUACCAUUCGGUCCCAAGCCCCAGAAAUAUUCGAUGACCGUGAUCCAACCGAUAAAGGCAUUCAAGACGUGUUAAAAAUAACUGACAUGAUUCCUUUGCCCAAACUAACUUCCAAAAGAUAUAAGGUCUUUGUAUAUCGCCUGACUGACGGCGACAUAGAUAAAUAUAACUUCCAAAACGCUGUGAAGUGCUUCUUCAUGAUGGCAGACGCCAGAAUGGCCAAAGAUCCCGAACUACCCGAAGGGGAAGUCCCUAUAUUCGACAUGAGUAAUACCACCCUAAAACACAUGACCAAAGUCCAAUUACCCAUUGUUAAAAAGUACAUGAUGUACACACAAGAGGCCCACCCAGUUAAGCUAAGGGAAAUCCACGUGGUGAACGCUCCAUCGUACUACGACAAAAUAAUGUCUCUGUUUAAACCUUUCAUAAAACACGACGUGCUACAGAUGAUCCAUUUCCACGCCCCCAACUCAGAGACCCUCUUCGACUACAUACCCAAAGAGCUGUUGCCGGAGGAGUACGGAGGCACCGUCGGUAAAAUAGCCGACUUGAAGAAGCAGUGGGAGCAAAACAUGCUGGACCACAGGGACUAUUUGAUGGACCCCAGUCGCUGGAAGGUCGACGAGUACAAAAGGCCGACGAACAAUAACAACCAUGGGAAGCAACUGUUUGGAAUUCAGGGCUCCUUUAGGAGCCUCAGCAUUGAUUAGUUUAAUUUUUUUAUUGUGAUAAUUAGGGGAGGGAAAUAAAACAAUAUUGUAAUCCAUGAUUAAAAA